AUGUCAAAGUAUCAGUCAAAACUGGAUGUUGAGAAAACACAAGAAGCAAUAAAGUUUCUAAGGAAUUGUUUCCAGAAACAAUUGUCAGCGAAACUAAAUUUAUUACGCGUAUCUGCCCCACUAUUUGUACCAGCCAACAGCGGAUUACAGGAUGAUUUAUCCGGUGAGGAACGUGCAAUUAUGUUCGACGUUAAAUCUGGUGAGACAGCACUUAUUAAUCAAUCCUUGGCCAAAUGGAAACGUAUGGCAUUACACAAAUAUAAGCUAAAUCAAUACGAUGGAAUUUACACAGAUAUGAAUGCGAUCAGACGUGAUGAAGUUGUCUCUCCACUUCACUCAUAUUAUGUAGACCAAUGGGACUGGGAGAUCAUUAUUCAGAGAGAUGAACGAAAUGACAAGAAGUUGGAGGAAGUAGUUGAGAAGAUAUAUGACUGUAUGAAAGUAACUGAAAACAUUUUGGUAUCGGCAUACCCAGUGUUAAAUCGCAAGUUACCGGAAAAUAUUAAAUUCAUUACAACACAAGAGUUAGAAGAUAUGUAUCCCGACAAAAAACCUACAGAACGUGAAUAUCUUGCAGUUAAACAGUAUGGGGCUGUUUUUCUCAAACAGAUCGGAAAGCUUUUGAAAUCCAAUACGAUACACGAUAAUCGAGCCCCAGACUAUGAUGACUGGGAAUUGAAUGGAGAUAUACUAGUGUAUAGUGAACAUGACGAUAGAUGUAUAGAAUUGUCGUCAAUGGGUAUCCGAGUGGAUGAGUUAUCAAUGGAGAGACAGUUGAAAGAAAGCGGUUGUGAAGCACGGAAACAGCUUGAAUAUCAUCAAAAUGUUCUGAAUGGUAUAUAUCCAUUAACGAUAGGUGGUGGAAUAGGACAGAGUCGAUUGUGUAUGUUCUUUAUGGAGAAGAAACAUAUUGGUGAAGUGCAAGUUAGUAUAUGGCCUGAACACGUUCGUCGUGAAUGUGAACAGAAUAAUAUAUUUCUCUUGUAA